UGUGCACGUGAUCACCAGCGGUUGGAAGACCGACCUUGACAAGGAAGGCACGUCCACUGAACAUGAUGGUUGAGAGGCAGUUGAGUGUUGUCACAAUGCAGAAAGCGGCUGAGGAAGACGGAACGCAUAUAUUCUAUAGGCCGUUUUAAACCAGAAUUGCCAAUGCUGGAUGUGGUGGAGUGCAGCCAAAGGCCGGUCAACAUGCCAGUCGAUUAUGCAUCCUAUCUGUUAGCAUCAAGCCCUCCAGGUGCAGGCUUCCAGUUCCUUAGUCGUGCAUACACAGGAGAUUGUCCCAUUACAAUACACUCAAAAGGACUGAAACAGUUCUCCUGUUUUGCUGCAAAGACAAAUGGUCAAACACGUAGGUUACCACCUUUGAAACCUAUCAUUGUAACAAAGCCACUGAAUUUCGAGAAUGACAAAAGUAACAAUGCAGAUCAUGACUCUGAUGUUGACGACACUUCAUUGUUACCUGUGACCUCUACAACAGCGACAUCAGCGGAUGGAAAAAGGAAGAAACGAGUCUCUUUUGCCGAUCACAAGGGUCACGCCUUGGCAACGGUAAGAAUAAUGACCGAACCAUCUGAUGUACCGCCCAAAAUUCGCCCAGAAAUAUUGUCUGCAUUGACAAAAGGUGCAUCAGCAGGAGUCACAGAUAAAUCCCCACUAUCACUGAAUUUUACACAGCCUGCUUCUGAUUAUGCACUCUUCCGUGAUAGACUGGAGAAAGACUGUGUGUCUUUGGAAAAUGUGAUUUUAAAAGACUACAGCUUGAUGGGGACAAUAAAGGUUAAAAAUAUUUCGUUUGACAAAAGUGUUUUUGUGAGAGUAACAUUUGACUCCUGGGAUACAUUUACAGACUUGCCAGCAGUGUAUGCUGCUAACACAUCAGAAGCACAGGGAAAGGCAUAUGAUACUUUCACGUUUGAAAUUCACGUGCCAACAAACUAUGAUCGUACAAAGAAAAUUAUGUUUGCUGUUUGCUUUAUCAGCGACUCAAAGGAGUACUGGGACAGCAAUCAUGGCCAGAAUUAUGAAGUCAUUUCGGAUCAGUGCAAACCAUCUCCAGAAAGUAAGACAGGAGUGACUUCAAUAUCACAGGUGAAAGAGGUUGGGUCUUGGACAGAGUUUGCUUGCUGGAAUCAUGUAGACACAACAUUACCUUACUGGUGAGGAAAGCUGUUCAGUCUCAAAUGAGGCUGCCAUAUGUUACUGUGUGACCUUGUUCAACAAGCUUGAAUGUCACUGAUGAAGGAAUACCGCGAUGUGGUGCAGGCUUCCUGAGCAACACCUCAGACCCUAUCUUUUCCAGUGUGUGCCAUUGACUGUGUCACACUCUGUAAAUCAUGGCAAAGGCGUGGUUGCUGUGAUACGAGGGUUAUCGUCUGGGUUAUUCCAGGGGAAAAUAACUGCAACAAGAAACAAGGAGCUUCUCUGAAUAAGAACCGAAAAUACCGACUGACUGUCAAAAUACGCCAUGCUUACUGGUUUUUCGCAAAGGCCUGUCACCUGCCUGUAAUUUAUAGCUGUCCCAACCGUUGCAUUUGACAUGAGUGAGAUAUGAUUCACAUAGACCUUAGCUACUGUACAUCAGUUGUACUUCCUAAUAUAGUCUAGUACAUGUACUACUUUACUGUAGGGCAUAACUCGCAUAAAGUUCAUGGUGCUCCUCGGCUUCAGAUAACGCCUUAUAACACAGAAUAGACUUGUGACUGCCUUUAACUUAGAGAUAGCAGUAGGUAACACCAUGUUGGGCUUUAUACAUUGUAACUUUUUACAUGUAUAUGAGAAAAUGGAUAAUUGUUCUACAAGUUCCUUGAUGAAAGAAGGAGCCAUUUUUGCUGGGUAGAAAUAUGUAACUGAUGCUGUGCUCGCGCGUCCGAAUAUAUUUAUUUCGGGAAUGGUUAACCUGAGUGCAGCUUGGACUUCUAUUUUUGUCUGCCCUUCCAAGGAGGAGUGCAACAGGUAUUUGAGCCUGUGGUUGGAAUCCAUUCUGAUAAGCUCCAGUGUUUAUUCAGUCAUGUAUAUGAAUAAACCUUAUCAAAUCGGCAUAAAGGCAGUAGUGUGGUUGGAAAUGCUAACUUCUUCUUCAACAGUUGUUAUCGACUGUCAAGAAAAUUGCAUUUGUUUUUAACGUAAAAUUUAGAUAGAUUUGCAGGUUAAUGUACAGAGUAUGCAAACUUAAGGUUAAGCUUAAGCAGUUGAGCAUCUGGUAUCAAAAGAGAUUAUGAGCUUUUUGACCUGUUUAUUGUUUUGAUGUUGCUUUUUUUUUCUUUUCUUAUCUUUACAUGAAAUUAAUAAAAAGAAAGUGCACCGACCAUUGACUGACAUUUACUCAAAUUAUAUUAUGCAAAUAAGUUGAGUAGAUUUUCAUCGUAAUAUGGAAAAAGGCCACUGAAUGUGUGUUUGAUGAGUUAGCCUCAGCACAGUGCUAAGUGGUGGGAAGGAGGAUUAUAUUAUAUACUAUUUCACUGAUGUGUUGAGAAGUUGUGGGGCUUGUGAAUUCUUCUGGUGUAGUACAUAUUUAUUGUACUACUUUAUCCUGCUAGUGCACUGGUUUAAAAAUCCGCAAUUAUCAGAAAGAUGAAGAAACAAAUUUGUGUAAACAUUGUUUUCACUGUAUUUAUUGUGUACUGAGUGACCCAAGUUUGCCUGGCCCUUAGUAUAAUAUUAUCCAGUCUUUCAAUCUCUUGUGUUUGCCAAGAAAUCUAUACUUAACAUGCAAGGUGUGAUAUGGGGAAUUCCCUUGUUAUUUUGAUAGUUUUCUGGUUCAGGAUGUGAUAAUGAGCAGCUAAACAAUUCGUUUUUAUCUUGCCACCACCCAUCUUAUAUUGUCCAUUACAUUUUCUAGGCAAACUUGUAGUCUGAUAACAUUAUGGAAUUUAUUGUGUGACUCUUCCUUUUUUCUGGUUCCUUGUGAACGUUACUAUUUUUUAUCUGUUUGUGUCUGGACACAUGGUCUACUACUAAGGUCAGAGUUACAUGAACCUGGAAAAUGCGGAGUAACAAAUUCAUGAUCUCGGGGGAUGAAAAUAUCAUUGUUAAUAUUAUGGUUAUGGCCUGACGAGUUAGAUUGGUGUAUUAGCCUGUAUGUGGGCACCGACAGUAUUUUCAUAACGUGGAAGUCUGAUAUUUCGGUUCAGAUUGCAGAUAAGGAAGUAUGAGAGUAUUGAAUGAUAAAAUGUGCUCUUUUGUAACUGAAAGAUGUAAUAAAUUUAUCAUGUAUA